AUGCUUGGCCCGGGACGCAGUCAAUCAGAGAUCAGUCGUGACCCUCGGACCAUGAGCGUGGUAGGCAAUAAUUUCCCUCAAUUACAGACAGCAUCGAUGUUAGCAUGGACUGGCAUUGGAAAACACAGCCGUGAAGAGCAGAUUGGUAUCGGAAGCGACGAUAUUCGUGCCAUCAGCAAGUAUCUCGGAGGCAAGCACUACUUCUGUGGAUUCAAACCAUCACGAAUUGAUGCCGCUCUCUUUGCUGUCCUCGCCCAGAUCGUCUACGCUCCGUAUGAGAACGAACAUCUUGAAAUAAUUAAAAAGGAAUGUUCAAACUUGAUGGAGUAUGUGGAACGCAUUAAGAACAGGU